AUGGCGACCGCCACCACCGAACCCAACGACCUCCACAAUGAAACCAACACCUGGUCCGUCUACACCAAAACCCGCUCCACCAUCAACGAACAACCCCUCGACAAUGACGAACUCGACAAACUCACCCGCUACUUCCACGCCAGCAUGUACCUCUGCCUGGGCAUGCUCUACCUCAAGGAAAACCCCCUCCUGCAAGAACCACUCAAGAAGGAGCACAUCAAGCCGCGACUGCUCGGCCAUUGGGGCAGCGACGCCGGCCAGUCCUUCACCUACAUCCACUUCAACCGCAUGAUCAAGAAAUACGACCUCGAUGCCUUUGUCAUCUCCGGCCCCGGCCACGGCGCCCCCGGUCUCAUCUCCAACUUCUACCUCGAGGGCCUCUACAGCGAAGUCUACCCCAACAAGAGCGAGGAUAUCGAGGGGUUGCAAAAGUUCUUCAAGCAAUUCUCCUUUCCCGGUGGUAUUGGCAGCCACAUGACACCAGAGACACCGGGGAGUAUUCACGAAGGUGGUGAACUCGGCUACUCCAUCUCCCAUGCCUUUGGUGCCGUCUUCGACCAUCCCCACACCAUCGCCCUGACCAUUGUCGGUGAUGGUGAAUCCGAGACGGGUCCUUUGGCCACGAGCUGGCACUCCAACAAAUUCCUCAACCCCAUCACCGACGGUGCCGUCCUGCCCGUCCUCCAUCUCAACGGCUACAAAAUCAACAACCCCACCAUCCUUGCCCGUAUCUCCGAAGAAGAGCUGCGCUCUCUGAUGCUCGGCUACGGCUGGACCCCAUACUUUGUCGAAGGCCACGAUCUCGAAAGCAUGCAUCAAGCAAUGGCAGGCACUCUCGAAGUGUGUGUCCAAGAAAUCCUCAAAUACCAAAAACAAGCCCGCGAGUCUGGAAAGGUGUUUCGCCCGAAAUGGCCAAUGAUUGUCCUCCGUUCUCCCAAAGGCUGGACCGCCCCUCGAGAAAUUGAAGGCCACUAUCUUGAAGGCUUCUGGCGUGCCCAUCAAGUUCCUCUCCCAAAAGUCCUGACAGAUCCCGAGCAAAUGAAGGCGCUCGAGACGUGGAUGCGUGGUUAUGGCCCGGAUAAGCUCUUCACCAAAGAGGGCAAGCUCAUCCCGGAACUCAAGGAACUCCCACCCAAAGGCAACAAGCGCAUGUCGGCCAAUCCCAUUACCAACGGCGGCGUCCUGCGCAAGCCUCUUCGCAUGCCUCGAUUCCAAGACUACGGCAUCAAGGUGGAUAAGCCGGGGUCGACGCACGGCCCUAGCAUGAACAUCUUUGCGAAGCUGCUCAGGGAUAUCGUCAAGGACAAUCCUACGACGUUCCGCGUCAUGGGUCCUGAUGAGACGGAAUCAAACAAGUUGGGGGAGAUUUACAAGGCGGGGAAGAAGGUGUGGGUGAAUGGCUAUCUGCCGGAGGAUGAAGAUGGUGGGAAUUUGUCACCGACGGGUCGUGUGAUGGAGAUGCUGAGCGAGCAUACCGUUGAAGGCUGGCUGGAGGGAUAUAUUUUGAGUGGACGACACGGCCUGAUCAACUCCUACGAACCGUUCAUCCAUAUCAUCGACUCGAUGGUCAACCAACAUGCCAAGUGGAUUGAAAAGUGUUUGGAAGUGUCGUGGAGGGAGGCAGUGUCGUCGUUGAACAUUUUGUUGACGAGUACGGUUUGGCGACAGGAUCACAACGGCUUUACCCAUCAAGAUCCUGGCUUCCUGGACGUCAUGUGCAACAAAUCCCCCGAAGUCGUCCGCAUCUAUCUUCCCCCCGACGCCAACUGUCUACUCUCGACCAUGGAUCAUUGCUUCCGCAGCUCGAAUUAUGUCAAUGUUAUUGUAGCGGAUAAGCAAGGUAUGCACGCUCAACAGUCAAAGUCUCGAAGCAUGCUAACCCCCGCAGAUCACCUCCAAUUCCUCAACAUGGAAGACGCCAUCACUCAUUGCACAAAGGGUAUUGGUGUCUGGCAAUGGGCUUCCAACGAUGCCGGCGAGGAACCCGACCUCGUCAUGGCGGGCUGUGGUGAUGUCUCGACGCAAGAAGCGCUGGCAGCAACCGCACUUCUCCGCCACCAUCUCCCCGAACUCAAGAUCCGCUUCAUCAACGUCGUCGACCUCUUCAAAUUGAUCCAGCACGGUUACCACCCGCAUGGCCUCAAAGACUCGGAAUACACGGCCCUCUUCACAUCCAACAAGCCCGUUGUCUUCAACUUCCACUCUUACCCCUGGCUCAUCCACCGUUUGACCUACAACCGCCCCGGACAAGAGCACAUGCACGUCAGAGGGUACAAGGAGAAGGGCAAUAUCGAUACUCCGUUGGAGUUGGCGAUUCGCAACGAGAGUGAUCGGUAUAGUUUGGCCAUGCUGGCGAUUGACGGAUUGACCAAGAGACUGGGCAACAAGGGUGCGGCGACGAGGCAGGCUUUGCUGGAUGAGAGGAUUCGCAGCAUGAAUUAUGCUUACGAGACGGGGCUGGAUCCGGAGCAUUACACCGAUUGGAAGUGGCCUUAUUGA